AUUGAAUUUUAUUACAUAGAACUUAUAAAUACACUAAUCUUGUGAUAUAGUUUUAUAUGAAAAAAGAGAAGAUUUUAAUUUUUUAAGGAUUAUAAAAAUGUCCUCCAAUACCAUGAGUCUUGGAAUUUCCAGUAAUAGUAGUGUCAUCAGCUUCCACUUUUGUUCUUGUACUUGUCAUAACAAUUUUAGUUUCUUCUAUUCAUUUUUGUCAGCUUUUUUGUCUUUUGGGUGUACAAUUUCAUUACCCAAAAUGGACUCUAAUAAAAACAACUCCUAUUUUGUUUCUUGUUCUUGAAGAAAAAGACAAGUGAAUUGAUCAACUUUUUUUCAGCUCUUUUAGUUUUAUUGGACUCUUUAAAAUAUUCCAUUCAGUUACUACAGAGAAAUGGUGAAAGCAUCUUCAGUAGCAAUGGUUUCUUUAGACAUUUGCAGCAGAGAAGCAAUUGUGCUAGUACUAGGCAAAAUUCCCAAACCCUUUAUUCUGUGCGAUCAUCAGGUAUGAUUUUGAUGGUCGUGUUGGAUGUUGGAUUGGGAAUGAGAAAGGAAAAUGGAACAAAUUGGCUACAAGGACAAAGGCACCCAACUUGGGAAUGAGCAUUUCACCUAUGGCUUCCUAUUCUGCUCUAACAGAAACCCGAUGUUCAUCUCUUGCAAAGUUUUAUGAGGAGGUUCUAAAAGAUGCUAGGGAAAAGUUUACACAGGAGAUUUCAUUUCAGUCCAAGGACAAAGAUAUUUCCCUGGCAAAGACUUUGCUCUGUGUUGCUUCUGAAGACGAGGCAUUUAUGGCUUUCAACCGGGAAAUGGAUGCUUAUUCGCUCCAAAAUGAAAGGAGAUCGACUUCAUUGCCGUCUGAUAACCUAGACUGGAAACACGUGGAAUCCAUGCUUCUGGGUGGAAAGAAUAUGAGUGAGUGGAUGGCUGAAUUGGAUUCCAUCGCAAGGGAAGUUGAGGCGGAGCUAGUUCCGAGAGAUAUAGGUUGCCAUUUUGUUGAAGUUUUGGAUGCAGUGAAUGUUGUUCUUUUUAAGUCGAGGGGUUUCAAAAGGUCGUCCGUGAUUGUGGAUUCGAAGUGUUCGUACCUGCAUUCAGUAUUAAGCUCUGGAUAUUGUAGUGCAAUUUUGCUUAGUGUCAUUUACAUUGAAGUUUGUCGAAGACUUAAUCUGACCAUUGUGGGAUCUCGGAUCGGGGAAGAAUUUUUGAUAUGGCCCCAAACUGGAAACCCUGAGGAGCUGUUCAAGGUUACUUCUGGUCACAGCUUGUUUGGUAUUGUUAAUGGCAAGUGUGUCAAUGACCCUAGAUCGAAGGCAUCGGACAUUGAUAGCAAUUCACUGUCAGGGCUUGAGAUUGCAACAAACCGAGAUAUUAUUGGAAUUGCUUUGGCUAAUCUCAUGAGGAUUCACUGGAAACGUGCGUCAAGAGCAAAUCAUGGUUUGAUGCUGACUUCUCCGCUUAGGUCUGUGGAUAACUCUGAUGAGAAGUAUAAGAAGACCGAUGCUUCAAGUGUACCUUUACUGCGGCCUCAAGAUUUGAGGCUGGCUAUUAUGGCUUCGCAAAGAUUGCUGAUUCUGCAGCCGCACAAUUGGGCUCUGAGGAGAGACCACGGCAUGAUGUUAUACUAUAGCAGGGAGUACGAGAAGGCGGUCCAGGAGCUAAGCAUUUGCAUGGCCUUUGCACCAGAAGAAGAGGCUGAUGUUCUAGAGGCGUUUGUUGAGAAGUUACACUUGUUGCGGGUCGAGUCAUCAUGGAAGAAUCUGGGACGUAAAGGUCGGUUAACAGUUACUUGACUUGUUUGUACAAAAGCUCUUUCUGGCUAGUUGAGCCAUAAUAGUCAAUCGAGCUUGUAUUCGAAUACAACCUGUAGAAUUUUCGCUGUAACUUCCUUUUUUGACUUCUGUAAAUAUUUUCCUUGCGUUAAAAAAGCUUCAUUUUCUGAGUUUCCAUAACAGGAAUGAAUGAUAUUAACUUUGAAGGGAAAGUUCCUUU